AUGCCGGCAACGCCCGGGAGGCGGAACGUCGGCGCCUUUUCCGCUUUCUGUGAGGGGCGUGAGAGGUGGGCAGCUGGAAGGUCAGGCCGGGUGAGCGAGCUUCGUGUGAUGCGGAGCGGCGUCCGCGACGCGAGUGAAGACGCGGAACAAUCCAGGCACCGACCGAAUGGCGAGAUUCGCCGAGUUGAUGUCGUCUCUCAUAGGGCUGAGUCGAGACUACCAGGUGACGUAGAGCGGACCCUCCACUGCGGCUCGUGUAUACAGGAAGGGUCGGCACUCCUUCAGCGUGUUCCUUCAGACUGCUGUUCGCAAGCAACUCGCGCCAGCACGAGCAGUUGCCUUUCUCGAAGGCGCAGUCGCCCCCCUCCCUCUGGGGCCAGAAAGCUGAUUGCUGCUUUUGCCAAAGGGACACACGCGCCCCCGGACAAGUCCGCAAGCGACGAGCGAGAGGACGCCGUCGCGGUGGAGGAGCUCCCUUUCGGAAUCGAAGGCCUUGCAGCUGCAUCGUCGUGGCGCGACAGCCGUUGGCGCCUCUUAAUUUCGCCAAGGCCCUGCAGAGAACUUGAAACCGCUGCGGGCACGCACUGCGAGCCUGCGUCCCCGCACUCUUCCAGCUGCUCCAAAGCGAUGGCCAGCGGAAGGAGCGCGGGCGCGCCGUGCUGUGACUCAUCGGCGGGCGGCCAACCGUCCAACGAGGAAUCUCGGCGACAGCCGGAGCUCCCCCCAGUCGCGACCGGGACGACUAGCAGUUUCUUCGCAGCUUCAGAUUCUCAAUCCCCUGUGCAGAACAACUUCUCAGAUCUCGAACAAACGACAUGGGAGCGAGGAGAGAAGAGUUCUUUCCCCAUCGCCGCCCCGAAGCAACCAGCUGAACGCGAGGGGCUUGUGUCAGGGAACGGCGCUCAUGGAGGGCCGUCAGCGACGCCACCUGGUGGCGACGGUCUCGGCGCCCGGACGGCAGGAACCGCUUCCGUCCUGCGCGGCGAACAGAAGACACUGGCAGAAAAGCCCGAAGAACGCAGCGGCUUUCGCUCCACGUCGAAGCACGAAACUGCGGGCGACGUUCAAGAGGAGCUGUGCCUCAGCCGCCAGCCGGGACGGUGUCACCGGCAAACCUCGCUGUGCCAUCUGCGCGCAACUCAGAGCGACCGGGAAGACGAGGCAUCUUCCAAUGAGAAGGGGAUCGAGGGUCCAGAUCUUCCGCGAAGCUGCGGAGACUCCCCUGUCGUUGCCGCCAUGCAGCAGGCUCAGAGCGGAGCGCUUCAGGCGAUUUCCUCUCGCAGCAAGCCUUCGUCCUGGCUGGACGGAUCAGAAUCAAGCAAGCCUACGCCGCCAGGCCGUCGACACACGGUUGGUGCUGGGUCGUCGUCGUGCUGGGAAAAAGCCAGGAGUCAGGUUUCGUUUGAGUGCGUCGACGGCGGGUGCCUCCGCCUUCGCCACUGUUGGAGCUGUCGGUCCGCGCUAAACGAUGCGAACCGCGCUCGUCGACAUGCUGCCCUCUGCCGUUCCUGUCACAACAGGAGGGAGCUCGCCCGCUGGAAGCAAAUGACCGACUGGAGGGCGUCUGUUGAAGGCAUUCAGUUUCUGUCGCUCCAGAAGCACUACAAAUAUCAGCUGCCAAACCAGCUUGACUCGGCGGCGUUCUCAGUGCACAACAAGAUUGAGAAAAGGCUCUUCUUUGUCGUCACGCAUACCACCGAGCCUCGAGCUUCCCACCUGCCUGCCGGCUGGCAUAUGUCGCUCUAUUUGCCUAAUCCGUCAAUUCAACAUGACGUGCUGAACGUGACAGACCCCAAGUCGACAGAAGCCUUCACAGUCAUUCGCGCAGACCGGCCCUGCGGCCACUCGCUGUUGUCGUAUGUGUCUCGACCUCCCGUUACUGUGAAGGAGCUCGUGCACUGCCGAGAGUCAAAGACGACGAAAAGGAAGGUCCUCGGCUAUAUCACGAUGUCGCGUUCGCCCUUCACCGUUCUGCGCGUCCGAGAUGCGCAGCGCCACAAACUGUUCGACCUCGUGCGACAUAGGAAGGGCAACAAAGAGCGGCUCUUGCCCCAGGAGUGGGUGGCCUACGGGGCCAGCAAGAGUCAAGCGAUGGCAGAGGUGACGCUUUUCUUGGACGAGUGCAAAUCAAUCGCCGGGCGAGAUGCCACCUUCGUCACCUCAGGCUCUAAAGAGAGCAGGGUGGACGCGUCCACAGCACAAAUGAUGUCGCUCGCUGCUGCACUGGGAGUCGAUGGCUCCCCAGUCGAUCUGUAUGGCAUGAAGUGGGUGGCGACCGUUGGAGGGGUGCUAUUGGAUGGCACGUGGACAGAGUGCGCCCAACAGGGUGGACAGGGCCCAACGCAGUGCGUCAACGUCGGCCUGUGCCUCAUUCGACGACCGCCAGGAAAGGGGCGCCUGACCCAUUGCACUCAGCUGCGUUGCGAGUGUGGCUUACUGGAGGACGAGAAGCGCCUCCGGAGAGGCGUCGAGGAGGAAAGAAUAGCAGGCGGAGUCGUGGAGCUUGAUGCCGGCGUGCAUUAG